GUUAAUGUAAACCCGACACUGAUACAGCCGACAAGGUUAUACUUCAUCUGUGUCACCUGAGACUGUAUAUUACGGACAGCUGGGGCACGAACAGCAAGGAACGUUACCAUGGCAGCGUGGUUUAUUUACCUGUUAAGUAUUUUGGCGUGUGCGUCCGAUCACGUGACAGGAGAAGUUCCGGCAUGUUACCACCCGAAGUUUGACGAGGGUGUAGAAGAGGUCAGAACGAAGCCCCGUCCCUCGGACUACAUGAAUUUGGCUGAUCUUCCCAAGGCCUGGGACUGGAGAAACGUCAACGGCACCAACUACUGUAGUCCCACUCGGAACCAGCACAUCCCACAGUUCUGUGCGUCCUGUUGGGGAAUGAGUUCUACAAGCUCAUUGGCUGACCGCAUCAAUAUACUCAGGAAGGGGGCGUGGCCAUCAGCUUACCUCUCGGUCCAGAACGUGAUUGACUGUGGAGGGGCGGGGUCUUGUGAAGGAGGAGGGGACUUGGCGGUGUACAGAUACGCCCACAGAGACGGUAUCCCCGAUGAAACGUGCAACAACUUUCAAGCCAAAGAUCAGGAGUGCAACCAGUUUAACCAGUGCGGCACAUGUCACAAGGACACUUGCGAAUACAUUCAGAAUUACACGCGCUGGUAUGUUGGCGAUUACGGCACCAUCAGUGGCCGAGAAGUGUUGAUGGCGGAAAUAUUUAAGAAUGGGCCAAUAAGUUGUUCUAUCGUCACAACAAAGAAAUUCCACGCUUAUACAGGAGGAGUCUUUAGUGAAUUCAACUUAAACCCGCUGAGCAAUCACAUGAUAGCCCUGGUAGGUUGGGGAGUGGAGGAAAGCACGGGCACCGAAUACUGGAUUGGUAGGAACUCCUGGGGAGAGCCGUGGGGCGAACACGGAUGGUUUAGAAUUGUGACGAGCACUUAUCGGGAUGGCCACUACAACCUUGGAGUGGAGAACCGGUGUAAUUUUGGCGACGUAAUACUUCCGUGAACCAGGUUAAGAAACCUAAUUACGUAAAUAUUAAACUUUCAUAAGAAAUCGAGCCAAAUGCGAAUAAAUAUUUUAUUGUGA